CAGCGAUCCGGGGCGUCAGUGUGGAGAAGAAACAGGUAUUGCUACUUUGUAAAUACCGCUAUUUGUAUAUACUGUAAAUGAUGACAUCGGUGGGCGGUAACCGGUCCCGAGGCAACUGGGAACAAACACAAGGUCAGACACAGAACCCGUCACAGCACAAGCAGAGGCCUCAGGCCACGGCUGAGCAGAUCCGACUGGCACAGAUGAUCUCCGACCACAAUGAUGCUGACUUUGAGGAGAAAGUCAAGCAGCUUAUUGACAUCACAGGAAAGGACCAGGAUGAGUCUAUGAUCGCUUUGCAUGACUGUAAUGGAGACAUCAACAGAGCCAUCAACGUCCUGCUGGAGGGCAGCCCUGACACUGACUCAUGGGAGAUGGUUGGGAAGAAGAAGGGAGUGCCAGGUCAGAAGGAGAGCGGACAGACGGAGGGAGAGGAGGAACGGAAGGAGAGUCGGGAGAAAGGAGGAGAGAAAGAUACAGCACGUCGUAGAGGAGGCGCGCCGCGAAGGGGUCGUGGGGCCAGCCGCGGACGAGAGUACCGAGGGCAGGAGAACGGACUGGACGGGGCGAAGACUGGGGGGGCGGUAGGUCGAGGGACUGAACGAGGUCGCCGGGGGAGAGGCAGAGGGAGAGGAGGCGCCGGUCGGAGAGGGAGCAGGUUCUCGUCUCAGGGCAUGGGUACCUUUAACCCAGCGGAUUACGCAGAACCAGCCCAGCCGGAGGAGAACUACACGGGAGCGAACACGUGGAGUAACACAGGCACCCUGGAAGCCGAGGAAAGCACCAUUGAUUAUUUUGCCAUUCCCGUAGGGCUUGAGGGAACGAGUUAUCCCCCGAAGUUUGACUCCACCCCAGGUGAAGAGCUUGUGGUUUUCUAUUUAGGUGCUUGGAGAACUGCAACAGAGGAAUGGGGUACUGAAGAUUGGAAUGAGGAUCUGUCAGAGGCAAAGAUCUUCACUGCCUCCAGCAUGGCCUCCGUGCCCCUCCCUCAGGAAAGUGUCACCAUCACCCCGGGACAGAGGAUCGACUUGGCCGUGUUGCUGGGGAAAACCCCGGGCUCCUCGUCCUUGGAGACGGAGGCCGCUCCUCUGGAGGCCCAGCCGGCUCCCGCGCUCUCCCAGUCUCUGGUCUUUAGCAACUCCAAACAGGCUCCUCCUCUCUCCCAGCCUCCCUCCAGCACCUCCUACAGUCAGCACAGCAUGGUGAACAUGCUGAAUAAGGGGUUUGGAGAGGUCGCAGACUCUAAGGGCAGCACCGGGACCACCACGGGCUCCCAGUUCCUGGAGCAGUUUAAGACGGCCCAGGCGCUGGCCCAGCUGGCGGCCCAGCACACCCAGACCGGACCUCCCAACACACGGCCCUCCACCUGGGACACCAGCUCGGCCACACUGGGACCAUACGACAUGAAGGCCCAGACGGAGUCUCAGGUCCACAGUCCUUUCACCAAACGCCAGCCAUACCAACCCACUUCCACUGCCUCCUCUAUGAUGGAUGCCUUCCUGCAGGACAAGAGUGCUUCGCCCUCCUCCUCCGCCCUCCCCGCUGCUCCACUGACCCAGCCCGUGUCCUCCCAGCUCCAGAAGGCCGCGGGUCCCGGCCCGUGCCAGCAGAUCCCCCCUGGCCCGGCGGAACCGCAGGCGUCCAGCCCUCUGCCCCUACAACAGCACAAACUCAGACAGCAGAAGAAGAGGACUUCCAUCACCUCAAAGAUUCCAGCCAUGGCAGUGGAGAUGCCCGGUUCUGCAGACAUAUCUGGACUGAACCUGCAGUUUGGAGCCCUCCAGUUUGGCUCAGAACCCGUGCUUCCUGAGUACGACCCCACCACUGCCGUUGCUACGACAACUCCUGGCAACCAGACCCAGAACAGCCUGUAUAGCAGUGCUAGCAGUGAGCCAGCCCCUGCCCUGUCAAACACCAAUCAGAUGGAGCUGUAUGAGCAGCGAGCCAAUCAGACGCGCCGGUACCCACCUUCAGUCUCCUCUUCUCCACAGAAAGACAUGCAGCCCAAGAAUGGAUUCAGUUCGGUACAACCAACCCAGUCUCAGGAAGCUGUAGCAGGUUCUGCGUUGUCUGCGAAACAGGCCCUGGAUUCAGCUGUCCCUCCUGCAGUGUCUAACAUAGCCUCAUUGGCCGAGGCAACACCGAGCGCUACCUCCCUGCUCUCCACAUCCAAUCAGACGCCACUCAGUACUCUGGGACAGGAAGACUCCGCCUCCAACUCGAUGGCCCCGCCCCCACACAAUUCUCUCCCUGCCCAGCAGAACAGUCUGAGCCCCUCUACGGUCCGGACGUCCAACCAGAGCCUGCUGCACUCGAGCGUAGACAGCGACUCCAACCUGCACUCUUCCUCUUACUCCUCCGUUUCCACCGUGGCCCCGUCCUCUGUUCCCCCCUCCUCUUCCUCGGGCGUGGCCGCCGUCUCCCACAGCGCUCCGGUACCGCACCCCGGUACCUCGGCCGGCUCGGUGUCAGUGCAGUCCACUCUGGGCGCGGUCAGCAGUUUGACCAUGGGUCUGAACAGCGUGUCCGUACCCUCUGCCAGCACCAGCGUGUCCUCAGCGUCCUCUGCCUCUUCCGUCUCCGCGGCGACGUCCACGGCCUCGUCAGCCCGCAGCUCCGCCACCUCAGGGAAAGCACCUCCAAACCUGCCCCCUGGAGUGCCCCCUCUGCUGCCCAACCCUUACAUCAUGGCCCCCGGUCUCCUCCACGCCUACCCGAUGUACGGCUAUGACGACCUGCAGAUGCUCCAGACACGGAUCCCACUGGACUAUUACAGUAUCCCGUUUGCGACCCCAACUACGGCACUGACGGGGAGGGAAGGCAGCCUCACCAACAACCCUUACUCAGCUGGUGACUUGUCUAAGUUUGGGCGCGGCGAUGCGUCAUCUCCGGCUCCUGCCACCACACUGGCACAGGCCCAACAGAGCCAGACCCAGACACACCACACCACACAGCAGCCCUUCAUCAACCCAGCACUGCCGCCUGGGUACAGCUAUACCAGCCUGCCGUACUACACCGGCGUGCCAGGCCUGCCCAACACCUUCCAGUACGGCCCCGCCGUCUUCCCAGUGGCGCCGACGUCUUCGAAACAGCACAGUGUGAACGUGGGGGUGAACGCCUCGGCCACACCCUUCCAGCAGGCCAGUGGUUACGGUUCCCACGGAUACAGCACGGGCUAUGAGGAUUUGAGCCAAGCUUCGGCAGGGAGCGGGGAUUUCUGUAAGGGUGGUUACGGCACUGCUGUGGCUGCUGCCGCCGCCGUCGCCGCUUCUGCGCAAAACAAACCGACCAGCUCAGUCACCGGGCCGGGAGUCGGGGUCUCUGUAACGUCCAGCAACACAGGAGUUCCUGACAUCUCAGGCUCUGUUUACACAAAGACACAGUCCUUUGACAAGCAGGGUUUCCACACUGGGACUCCGGGUGCCUCGUUCAGCCUACCCUCUGCUCUGGGCAGCGGUGGGCCCAUAAACCCCCCUGCUGCAGCGGGCUAUGCCCCCGCCCCCUUCAUGCACAUCCUGGCCACUCAUCAGCAGCCUCACUCUCAGAUGCUUCACCACCACCUGCAGCAGGACGGACAGAGUGGCUCUGGACAGCGUAAUCAGAACAGCUCCCUUCAGCAAAAGUCCCAGAUCAACAAAUCCGCAUACAACAGCUACAGCUGGGGGGGCAACUGACACCCCCCUCCCGCGCGCCUCCCCCGGAUGGCUCACAAGUCCCUCCCUGCUGACGCAGGGCAGGCUCCUCUUUCUCCCCCCGUUCAGUCCCUCACCUCCUCUUCCUCUCCUCUGCCACGCGCCCUCUCUCCUCUCUCCUCUCUCUGUGGAGUAACUGUGCAGGCGCAGCCGGCAACACCGUGUUAUUACACAGAGAGCCAGGAGCCUGGGGGCCUGGGGGCCUGGGAGGUGGGGCUCAGAAGCUUCUAGAAACAAAGCCCUUGAAGAGGCCAAGUGUUGAUUGUUUGAAGUUUGUAAGCUUGUAUUGUGCUCUGAAUGACAAAUAAUCCCUCUUUCCCCAGUUGUAUGUAUAGUAAUGCCCUUUUUUUCCCCCUUUUUUUCUUCUUUCUUUCUUUCUCUUUUUCUAAAGGGUUUUUUUCCCCCCUGAAAAACUCUUUUUGGGGAAAAAUCAGAAGAGAGGUUUGAUGGAGGGAGCAGGUGCAUGUUUGAUUUGUCACUCAGUU